AUGAAACGAAUGAACAGAGAUGUAUGCAAGUAUGUGUGCAGAAAAUGCAAUAAUUUUAUCUACUUCAAUGAAGCAUGUGAAUUAAUAUAUAAAGUAGCAUAUCCUGAAUAUGCAAAAAUAUAUUACAAUAUGAACGAACUAAAUAAAGGAAGGGAAAACAAGACUGAACCAAAUCUCAAAUUUUAUGAUAAUUUAUAUAGACAGAUUUAUAAUAACGGAUUAUGUGGCGUUAACAAACAAAGGAACGAUUUUACAAACAAAGAUAAUGUCAAUAAUAUUUUACAUUUUCUCAACAAGGGGAAUAUAAUGUGUACAAAAUGUAGCAGCGUUAAUGGGUGGUUUUUGAAGUAG